GUUAACACUCAGUAGCUCCGUAACUAAGCGUUUGCGGACCUAGGUACAUCGAUACUGUCGUUACCAUGGCGGUAACAUAUCAACAAUAAUAGGAAAUGUUGAGAUCUAAGGUGAAGAAAAAACUUCCUGCACUGAAAUUUCUAGGAAAAGUUGAGCGAAGAGAUAUAAAUGAAUUAUUUGAACCAGUGAAAACUCUGAAUUUUACUGAGGAAAGAGCUGGGGAAAAAGAUUGUUGCGAGAAUAAAUGGCUUGGAAAACAUGGUGAAAGAUUCAGAAAAAUCUAUAAUGAAAAUAAAAAGCUCAUCGGGAAAUUAACAACAGACUAUAAAAAGGCGCUGUGGGAAGUUAAAAAUGAAUCUCCUGGAAGAAAGCAGAAAUCCAUUAUUUCAGAAACAUCAGAUGAUUUAAAACGCGUGCUUGAAAAUUCCAAGAAAAGACAGGAAGAUGAUGAUGCUCCAUUUCAAAUUAACGAUCCAAUUGAUAUAACCGACUAUAUGGGAGAUAAGGAAAUUUAUGAGGAACAAGAGGAUUCGGCAACGUGGGUGCUUCUUCGGGCAAAAUGUGAUGAAGAUGCAUCGGAAACGUCAUCGGAAGGAUUUAUUAAUAUAAAGUCAAAAGAACAAGAUGAGAUGACGAGACCGUCUAUCGAUUGGGAAAUUUUGAACGAAUCGAUGAUAAAAUGUAGAAAAUGGUUGGAAGACUUAUAAAACGGAGGUUUUCUGUUUUCAUUUGUUUAAUAAACAAAAAU